CAACCAAAAUCUGCUGAGAAAUUUGCAAUUGAGCACGGCAAUAUGCAAAUCCAAAUUAUUUCUAGAGAAACCAUCAAGCCAUCUUCUCCGACCCCUGACCAUUUAAGAAACUAUAAGCUUUCUGUUCUUGAUCAGUUAUGUCCUGAAGUUCACUUCCCCAUCAUUCUCUUUUACUCUUCUGCAGGCAAAGAUGCCACUGAAACUUCUCUCCAUCUCAAAAACUCCCUCUCGAAAAUACUCACCCACUAUUACCCUUUUGCAGGGCGCGUCAAAGAUGAUUAUACUGUUGAUUGUAACGAUGAUGGUGCCCUUUUCAUUGAAGCCAAAGUAACCAGUCAGGUGUCUGACAUACUUAGACGGCCGGAUAAGGAUGUGAUCAAACAGUUGUUACCAUAUAAGAUUCAUGAAAAGAUAAUCGGUGAUCCCGUCAAUCUAAGUGUGCAGGUCAAUUAUUUUGCUUGCGGUGGCGUAGCGAUCGGUGUUGGGUUUAAUCAUCGGGUUGCGGAUGCAACAGCGGCGGCAAACUUUGUUAAAAACUGGGCUAAGGUUGCUAACCCCAGCAACAACGAGGAAAUUAAGAAUGUGAUAUUUGACUGCACUUCUUUCUUCCCUCCGCAAGAUUUAGUAGAAUUAAGGAAGAGUAGUUUUUUCAAAGGUGAAUAUGCAUCGAAGGACCCGAACGUUAUAUCAAAGAGGUUUACAUUUGAAGCUACCAAGACAGCCGCUCUAAAAGAAGAAAUCGGUAAAAUCGGAGACUCAGUGGAUCGUCCAUCACGUUUUGAGGUAGUGUCUGCGGUUAUGUUGAAUGCUAUAACAGGAAUGACUAAAGAGCCAGCACAUUUUGUAGGAUUUAUCCCCGUGAAUCUGCGAAACAGAAUGAAGCCAGAAAUACCGGGGGAUUGUAUGGGAUGCGUGAGUCAAAUGACAAUGGCAAAUUGGUCAAACAUGGAGACUGAAAUUGGGUGCAACAGUAUAGCGGGAGAACUUCACGAAGCUAUAAAGAUGCUGGAUGAUAAGUUUGUGAGAGAGUUUCACGCAUCAGGAGGAUACAUGAAUUUCGUGAAAAGUUUACCAGUAGAAGAAAUGGCAAAGAAUAAUAUAAAAAUGAAGUCAUUUGUUAUAACUUCAUGGUGUAGACUUCCCUGGUACGAAACAGAUUUUGGGUGGGGGAAGGCAUUGUGGAUGUGGGUAAGCUCUGCGGCAAGGAAUGAGAAAAUAGCCAUUCUCACAGAUAACAUUGAUGGUAAUGGAAUCGACGCAUGGGUUAGUUUGUCAAAAGAAGACACGAUCAAAUUUGAACAGGAUCCUGGCAUCAAGGCUUACGCUUCUUUCGAACCAACCAAAAUCUGACCUUUACUUUGAAUUGCAAUUAUUCAAUAAGUGCAUGCAUGCAAGCUUUAUGAAGUUAAGUAAUUGAGUUUUUUCUUUUUCCAGACUGGGAAAUAAUACCAUUUGAGUGUUUUUAAUUUUAGAUAUCAUUUGGUAGAA